UUCAAUAAAUUAACCUAAUUUACGAACGCUCAUCUGUCAAAUUUGUUAUGUUAUAAUUCCGUUCUUGAAGGCACCUUUAAUACAACAACAUUACAAAAUUUAUUUCUAGUGUAAAAAGUGAUGAAAAUAGUCUGUUUAUUUUAUUAUAGUUACAAUAGUUAUAUAGAUAAGUUUAUUUUAAAAAAAUACUACAUGGUUUAAACCGUUUAUUUAAGUUAUUUGGUCUUAUUAAUGAAGUCUAUAAAUGAAAGCCAAAAUAAUAAUGUGGUUUAUGUUUCUUUAUCGUACGAAUCGUUACGAAACAUUGCAAAUCUCCAGACAAUUUCUAUAUCUAAAGAUGUUAUGAAAAAAUUACCUGAAGAAAAAAUAACAUUUGUACAAUUAUCGCAGGAUAAUAAUACGGUGAAUAACAAUGAAAUUGAAAUAUCAUCAAACAUACAAGAAAAAGAUUAUCAAAACAGCAUUGAUCUACCGCCAGAUGGAAUUUGUAAACCAACUAAACCACAAUUUCAAUGUAAAUUAUGUAAACAGACUUUUACGAAAGUUGCUCUCUAUAAAAAACAUGUCGAUUUUCAUAAUAACGUAAAAAAGUAUAAGUGUGAGCAUUGUUGUGAAAGUUACAAUGUUGAAGAUAAUUUUAAAUUACAUAAAGCUAUGCACUCCUCUUCCUCCCCAGUAUGUCCAUUGUGCAAUAAAAAGUUUCAAAGAUUGGCUGGUUUUAAAUCACACUUAUUGUUACAUCAAGUAGAUGAAACAUUUACUUGUAAAGAUUGUUUAGCUGAAUUUGAGAAGGAAUCUGAUUAUCACGAGCAUUUAGAGAAACAUUCUGCAAUUGUAGAUGAAUCCGAUGAAGAAAAAUUACCCUAUGUUUGUUCUUAUUGUAAUUAUGUGUUUGAAGAUAGUACAAAGUUUAAAGAACAUAUAUCUCAUCAUAUAAAGAUUAAAAAAUUGGUUUUUGGACCAAAAAGAAACCGGCAAAAACUCGAUUGCAAAGAUAAUCCACAUAAAUGUACGACAUGUGGAAAAUCUUUUAUAAAACAAUGUUUAUUAGAGAGACAUUUAAGAAUUCAUAGUGGUGAAAGACCAUUUGCGUGUACAAAAUGUGAUAGAAAAUUCACACAGAAAGGUUCGUUACAAGUCCAUUUAUUAAAACAUACCGGUUGUAAAGCUUUUAAGUGUACAUUAUGUCCAGCUUCGUUCUUCCAAAAAAGUAAUUUACGGGUACAUGUUGAAAAAGCUCACACUGCUCCAGAUGAAGAAACAAAACUAUUCAAAUGUAAAGAAUGUACUUGCGUUUUUAAAAAAAUUUCUACGUUAAAUGCUCACAUCACCAAAGUCCAUACAGGUGCAAAACAACAAUCAUUAGAUGAUGUUCAAGAAGUUGUUCGUCAACUCAACGAACUUCAACAGAUUUCUGGGCAAACCACCCUUAAAUCUAUAGAUGAAUUAAUGAGCGAUGGAAACGAUAAUUUUGUGAAGUUAUCUGAAACAUGUGUCGAUGGUAGUGUUAAAGAUUAUUUAGUUAAGCAAAGAAUUAUUAGAGGAGUUAAAAGUUAUUUAUGCUUGUAUUGUCCAAAGGAAUUAAAAAAACCUUCUGAUUUAAUAAGGCAUAUUAGGGUUCAUACAAGAGAAAAACCAUAUGUUUGUCGAAUUUGCCAAACUGGAUUUUCAUUAAAAUCAGUUUUACGUUCACACAUGAACACUCACUUAGGUAAAAAGGAACAUCAAUGUUUAGUAUGUUUACAACUUUUUUCGUCAACAAAACGACUCAACAAACAUUUAAGAACCCACGAAACAGUGAAUAGUGAAGAAGCUUUAACAUUAAAAUACAAAUGUUCAUCAUGUGAUAAACUAUGUAAUUCAUUAGAAAGUAUUGAACAACACAUGGAAGUGCAUAAAUGUAUAAUUUCUGAAGAUAAUGAAGCAAUCGAAAAAUCUUUGCCAAAUCCCAUUGAAUUAAAACAACCAUUUUUAAAAACCGGCACGAAUUUGAUUGAACUCGCGCCUCCUAAAGCUUUAGCGCCAUACAUACAAGAUGAUAAUACCAAAAAACGACCGUUUAAAUGUCAUUUAUGUUCAGGUGCUUUUAUGAAAUCAGACCAUUUAAGAAGUCACAUGUUGAGUCAUAGUCAGGAAAAAAAUUUUAGUUGUGAUAUAUGCGAUGAGAGUUUUUCAACCAUAUCUAAUUUAAAUCAUCAUAAAUCAAGCCAUUCCACUCGAAAGUUUGAAUGUGGAAUAUGUUUCAAAAAGUUUUCAAAAUUAUCUUAUUUACAAAGUCAUCAAAUGCAACAUGUUGAUGCUGGAAAUUACAUGUGUCCAGUUUGUAAGAAAGAAUUUAAAAGUGUUCAACAGUGUCGAAAACAUAUACGGACACAUAAAGUUAAUGAGAUGAAUUUAUUGAUGCCUUUAACGUCAGAUUUAAUAAACAUAAAUUCUUUUCCAAUUACAAAAGACGAUAUUAGAAAUGAAGAAGUAGGUAAUGUUGAAAUAUUAAAUGAAGAAUUAGUUGGAAAUGUAAUAAAUGAAGAAAUGACUGAAGGCAUUAAUAAUGACGUAACUUAUUCCAUUGCUUAUCCAGAUGAAACUGGUUUGCAAGGUGUUGUACAAAUCGCACCAAUUGCAGAAUGCAAUCAGAAUUAUUCCACUAUUUAUAUUUCUUGUAACAACCAAGAAAUAGAUACAACAGGAAUUUUUGAUCCACUCACUCAAACGCAAAUUGAAACAACAAAUCCAGUCUUAGCAGAAACGCAAGAUGUAAAUUUAUUAUUUAUUGAUCCGAUAUCACAACAAGUAGGUUUACAAGAAGAUGAAGAAAAUUUUGGACCGUUCAAUCAAGUUUUACUAAACGAAACCGUUAUUCCAAGUGAAUUAAAUUUAAGUACUGAAGAUAUUAAUUUAGAUAUUACCGGACCGAUUAUUACCGAAAACGUUAUCCAACAAAACGUAUUAUCUAAUAUUGUUGAUAUCCAAAAUCCGGGGAUUAAGUUAAAUUUGUCGGAUCCCUUAGAUAUGGAAGCGAAUAAAGACGGUUUAAAAGAAAUCCCGAAAUUAAUUGUACCAGUUGAACAUCCGAACGGAUUAAAAGAAAACAUGUACAUCACAAUCAGUAUGGAUGAUUUAAAAGGAAACAACUUGAGCUACUUAUCAAAUAUGAUCGGUUUGAAUAAUGUAAUCAGUGAUGGAACUCCAGCAGUUGAAGAUUUAAAUUUAGUUGCAACAAACAAUAUUCUUAUUACUGAAAACGAAAAUGAAGAAACGAUCACUUGCGCUGUGUGUUGUGAAGGAAUUGAAGAUUUAGCUAAUCACACUUGUAUGAACGUUAUAAACACAGAACAAGAGGAAAUCAAUCAAUGCAGCAUGGUUAUUAAUGAAAAUCAGCAGGACAUGAUGGAGACACAAGACGAUGUUCCUAGAUUAGAAGAACAGGUACAACAUGCACCAGAAGAUGGUGAGAUUGAAGAAGAAAUAGCCAACCCAAUAAAUAAUGAUGUGUCACAUAUGGAAAGGAAUGAAAUAACUAUUACUGAGAAAGGCAAUAAAAAGUCCAAUGUUUGUGCUUAUUGCUUAAAGGAAUUUCGAAAGCUUUCAGAUUUGAAAAGGCAUAUUAGGACGCACACAGGUGAACGACCAUUUAAAUGCGAAAAAUGUCCUAAGUCUUUUUCGUUAAAAUCCACUCUUUUAAGUCAUAUGAGGACGCACGAUCCAGCGGAUAGUAAAAUAACAUGUCAUAUAUGUAAUUAUUCGUAUAGUUGUAAAGCCAGUUUAAAAGUCCAUAUGAUGAUUCACUCAGGUGUAAAACCGUAUCAAUGUCAUUUAUGCCCAUCUCGGUUUAGAACGGCAGCACAUAGAAGGGUUCACAUAGAUAAACAUAAUCAAAUCAAACCUAAGAAGAAAGGUACAAUUAAGACUGAUAUUAAAAAUGUUUUAAAUUACACGAAUAAUUAUUUUGAAUCUAUGUUGACUGAUGAACGAGAAGAGAAUGUUGUGGAUAUUCCAUUAAAUGAAGCAAAUAUUAUUAAUAUUAAUGAAAAUACAAAAGUGAUUACUCCUACAACAACUAUGGAUCCAUCAGAAACUUUAAACAUGAGUGAUUCUUUACAUAUUGAUAUUCUACAGCAAUUACAACAGUUUGGGCAACAAUUGGUGUUUGAUAUUGAAGAGAUUCAGGACAAGAAUACAAUUCAAUCUACGAUCAUUGAUUCAUUAGAAAGUAAUAUUGAACCGGUUGUUACACCAUCAAAGGAAAAAACUUUUGGUUGUGAUAUUUGUGGGAAAAUGUAUACCACAAAGUCUAUUUUAAAGAAACAUCAAAAGAAUCACAAAAAUUUUGUAUGUUCAAAAUGUAGGAAACAAUUCGACGCUGAAGAUGAGUUGGAAAAACACAUGAAAAUUCAUAUGGGAUAUAGACCGUUUUCUUGUUUGCACUGUGCUAAUAGUUUUAGUGAAGAAGCUAGCUUAAAAACACAUAUGAAAAGGAUCCAUAAUCUUACAGCUUAAAUAAAUUUUACGCUGUAA